AUGGAUGGCCGAGACUUCGGGCCCCCGCGGUCCGUGCACGGCCCCCCGCCGCCGCUGCUGUCCGGCCUGGCCAUGGACAGCCAUCGCGUGGGCGCGGCCGCGGCCGGACGCCUUCCCGCCUCGGGCCUGCCCGGCCCGCUGCCGCCCGGGAAGUACAUGGCUGGCCUCAAUCUCCACCCGCACCCGGGCGAGGCCUUCCUGGGCAGCUUUGUGGCCGGCGGGAUGGGGCCCUCAGCCUCAGCCCAUGGCAGCCCGGUGCCCCUGCCCUCUGACCUCUCCUUCCGCUCCCCCACCCCCAGCAAUCUGCCCAUGGUGCAGCUGUGGGCUGCCCAUGCCCAUGAAGGCUUCUCCCACUUGCCCAGCGGUCUCUACCCAUCCUACCUCCACCUGAACCACCUGGAGCCCCCCAGCAGUGGGAGCCCCCUCCUCAGCCAGCUGGGCCAGCCCAGCAUUUUUGAUACCCAGAAAGGUCAGGGGGCAGGGGGAUGAGAUUGCGGGGACGGCUUCUACCUGCCCGCCCCGGGGGCGCCAGGCGCCCUGCACUCCCACGCGCCCCCCUCGAGGACCUCAGGCGGUGCCUCCUCGGGCGCCCCGGCCAAAGGCUCGUUGUCGCGGGAAGGAGCAGCCAAGGAGCGGGCGGGCCGCGGCGGUGAGCCACCGCCGCUGUUCGGCAAGAAGGACCCCCGGGCCCGCGAGGAGGCAGCUGCGGUGGGGCCACGCAGCGUCGUGGACCUGACCCAAGAGGCCCGGGCGGACCGCGGCCCCCAGGCCGCCAAGCUCUUCGGCCUGGAGCCCGGGCGGCCGCCCCUCCCCGCCGCCACUGACCACAAGUGGAAGCCCUUUGAGCUGGGCAACUUUGCCACCACGCAGAUGGCUGUGCUGGCCGCGCAGCACCACCAGGCCAGCCGCGCCGAGGAGGAGGCCGCUGCGGCUGCCUCGGCUGCGUCGGCUGCCUCCAAGAAGGCAUACCUGGACCCUGGGGGCGCGCUGCCCCGCGCGGGGGCUUGCGGGCGGCCCGGCGCGGACAUGCAUCCCGCGGCCCACGGGCCUGGCGAGGCCUCGGCCAUGCAGAGCCUCAUCAAGUACAGUGGCAGCUUCCCCCGCGAGGCCGUGGCCGUGCGCCCUGGCGGCUGCGGCAAGAAGAGUCCCUUCGGAGGUCUGGGCACCAUGAAACCCGAGCCAACCCCGACCACCAGUGGAGCCCCACGCGCUCAGGGUCGCCUCCAGCACCCCGGAGGCCCCGCAGCAGGCGGCGGUAGGCAGCUGAAGCGGGACCCGGAGAGGCCCGAGAGCGCCAAGGCCUUUGGACGUGAGGGCUCCGGUUCGCAGGGUGAAGCCGAGGUUCGGCACCCACCUGUGGGCAUCGCAGUGGCGGUGGCUCGGCAGAAGGACAGUGGAGGGAGUGGUCGGCUAGGGCCUGGUCUGGGAGACCAGGAGCGUUCUUUGUCCAUGAGCAACAUCAAAGGGCACGGGCGAGCAGAGGAGGGCUGUGCGGACGAGCGUGGCCGGCACCGGGAGGAGCGGCUGCUGGAUGGGCGGCUGGACCGAGACCAGGAGAAGCUGCUCAGAGAAAGCAAGGAGCUGGCAGACUUGGCCCGCCUACACCCCACCAGCUGUGCGGCCAACGGUUUGAACCCCAACCUCAUGGUGACUGGGGGCCCGGCAUUGUCAGGCUCCAGCCGAUGGUCUGCCGACCCCACAGCCCACCUGGCCACGCACCCCUGGUUGCCCCGCUCGGGCAGCACGUCCAUGUGGCUUGCUGGGCACCCCUAUGGCUUGGGCCCCCCUUCUCUGCACCAGGGCAUGACGCCUGCCUUCCCCCCUGGCCUGGGGGGCUCCCUGCCUUCGGCUUACCAGUUUGUCAGGGACCCCCAAUCGGGCCAGCUGGUGGUCAUUCCCAGCGAUCACCUGCCUCACUUUGCGGAGCUGAUGGAGCGGGCUGCUGGGCCCCCACUCUGGCCGGCCCUGUACCCACCAAGCCGCAGCCCCCUGCACCAUGCCCAGCAGCUACAGCUCUUCUCCCAGCAGCACUUCCUGCGGCAGCAGGAGUUCUUGUACCUGCAGCAACAGGCGGCCCAGGCCCUGGAGCUGCAGAGGAGCGCCCAGCUGGUGCAGGAGCGGCUGAAGGCCCAGGAGCACCGCGUGGAGAUGGAGGAGAAGGUGGGCAGGCGGGGCCUAGAGGCAGCAGGCAAGGCUGGCCUGGCCUCUACAGGCCCCGGGCUGCUGCCUCGGAAGCCCCCCGGCCCUGCAGGCAGCUACAGCAAGACCAUGAGCCCACCACCACCCCUGUCUCCUCGUGCUUCCCCUGUGGCUGCCCUGAAGGCCAAGGUCAUCCAGAAGCUGGAGGACGUGUCCAAGCCACCCAGCUACGCCUACCCUGCCACGCCCAGCUCCCACCCCAGCAGCCCGCCACCCGCCUCCCCACCGCCUGCCCCCAGCAUCACCCGCAAGGAGGAGGCCCCCGAGAACGUCGUCGAGAAGAAGGAUUUGGAGCUGGAGAAGGAAGCCCCCAGCCCCUUCCAGGCCUUGUUCUCAGAUAUCCCUCCCAGGUAUCCAUUUCAAGCCCUGCCACCCCACUAUGGAAGGCCCUACCCAUUCCUGCUGCAGCCCACCGCAGCCGCUGAUGCCGAUGGCCUGGCCCCCGAUGUGCCGCUCCCAGCCGAUGGGCCUGAGCGCCUGGCGCUCUCGCCUGAAGACAAGCCCAUCCGCCUGUCCCCCUCCAAGAUCCCUGAGCCGCUGCGGGGGCCCCCAGAGGAAGAGCCACUGGUGGAGCGGGAGGUGAAGGCAGAGAUGGAGGACCUGGAUGAGAGCCCCUCGGAGCUGCAUCCACUGGGGUCGCCACUGGUGUUGCCUGCUGCCGAGGCCGUGCCGGCCCCUAGCCCCACGGGCGGCUGCGGAGCUAGUCUGCUGGAAGCUCAGGCAUUGAGCGCUGGGGGUCAGGGAGGUGCAGAGCCCUCUGAGUGCCCAGACUUUGCGGAGCAAGCUGAAGCACAGGUUGAGUCACCAGGCCGAACAGAAUCCUGCACGGCUGCCACGGACCUUGCGGGGAGGCUGACACCUGAGACACUGGUAGAGGCCAAGGAGGAGCCAGUGGAGGUGCCCGUCGACAUGCCCAUGGGGGAGGCCGUGCCCGAGAAAGCCUUGGCCCCAGCAACCCCAAGCGAGCCCCAACCCAACCUGGAAUUGCCCGACUGUGACAUGCCCUCCGGGGAGGGGGAGUGCCUGAGCCUUGAGGCCCCGGAGGCCACACCUGUGCCUGGCAGCUCCUGCUACCUGGAGGAGGCAGGCUCUGAGCAGUCUCUGCCCAGCCUGGAGGACCCACUAGCCGGCAUGAACGCCCUGGCUGCGGCGGCGGAGCUGCCUCAGGCCAGAUCCUUGCCCUCACUGGGUGCUGGACCCCAAGCCUUGGAGAAGCUGGAAGCAGCCCAGAACCUUGUCCUGGAGCAGAGUUUCCUGCACGGCAUCACCCUGCUGAGCGAGAUCGCAGAGCUGGAGCUGGAGAAGAGGAGCCAGGAGGUGGGAGGUGCGGAGCGGGGUGUGGCGACACGGCCCUCACUGGAGAGCCUGCUGGCAGCCAGUAGCCACAUGCUGCAGGAGGUGCUGGACAGCCCAUUUGUGGACCCACUCAAGAGCCUGCGGCUGCCCCGUGAGCUGAACCCCAACAAGAAGUACAGCUGGAUGCAGAAGAAGGAGGAGCGGAUGUAUGCCAUGAAGUCCUCCCUGGAGAGUAUGGACGCCAUGGAGCUGGACUUCCGCAUGCGGCUGGCCGAGGUGCAGCGGCAGUACAAGGAGAAGCAGCGUGAGCUGGUGAAGCUGCAGCGGCGCCGGGACUGCGAGGACAGGCGCGAGGACCCCCAUAGAAGCUUGGCACGCAGAGGCCCUGGCAGGCCGCGGAAACGGACCCACGCCCUGAGCGCCCUGUCGCCCCCCCGCAAGAGAGGGAAGAGCCGCGACAGUAGCGGAAAGCUGAGCAGCAAGUCCCUGCUGACAUCCGAUGACUUCGAGCUGGGAGCGGGGAUAAGGAAGAGACACAAGGGGGCUGAGGAGGAACAUGAUGCUCUCAUUGGAAAUGGGAAAGCGAGGGGCAGGAGCCAGACUUGGGAUGAACACGAAACCUCCUCUGACUUCAUGAGCCAGCUGAAAAUUAAGAAGAAGAAGAUGGCCAGCGACCAGGAGCAACUGGCAAGCAAGCUAGACAAGGCCCUCUCCCUCACCAAGCAGGACAAGUUGAAGUCCUCGUCCUUCAAGUUUUCGGACAAUGCUGGGGGGAAAUCGAAAACUAGCGGGGGCUGUAGCAGGUACUUGACUCCUUAUGACAGCCUGCUCAGCAAGGACAGAAAAGCCCUGGCCAAAGGCCUCAGCCUGUCUCUGAAAGCCUCCAGAGAAGGUAAACACAAAAGGGCUGCCAAAACCAGGAAGAUGGAGGUGGGGUUCAAGGCCAGAGGCCCAUCCAAGUCGGCCCAUUCCCCAUUCGCCUCGGAAGUGAGCAGCUACUCCUACAAUACCGACUCCGAGGAAGAUGAGGAAUUCCUGAAGGAUGAGUGGUCUGGGCAAGGCCCCUCCAGCUCCAAAUUGACAUCUUCCCUUCUGUGUGGCAUGGUGGCCAAGAACAGCAAGCCCACCGGAGGCCCCAAGCUGGCCAAGCGGGGCCUAGUGGCCACCCGGACUCUGAAACCCAAGCCGGCCGCCAACAGGAAGCAGCCAUUUUGUUUGCUGCUCCGAGAGGCCGACACUCGUUCCUCCUUCAGCGACUCUUCGGAGGACUCGUUUGACCAAGAUGAGAGCUCCGAGGAGGAGGAGGACGAGGGGCUGGAGGAGGAGGAGGACGAGGCCAGUGGCGGCUAUAGGCUGGGGGCCCGGGAGCGGGCCCUGUCGCCAGGCCUGGAGGAGAGCGGGCUGGGCCUGCUGGCACGCUUCGCAGCCAGCGCCCUGCCCAGCCCCACCGUGGGGCCGGCCCUGUCGGUGGUGCAGCUGGAGGCCAAGCAGAAGGCUCGGAAGAAGGAGGAGCGGCAGAGCCUGAUGGGCACAGAGUUCGAGUACACGGACUCGGAGAGCGAGGUCAAGGUGCGGAAGCGCUCGCCUGCUGGGCUGCUGCGGCCCAAGAAGGGGCUUGGGGAGCCGGGGGGCGGCCUGGCCGGGCCUGUGCCUAGCACCCGCGGCCCCGCCAGCCCCGACAAGGCCAAGCUGGCAGCAGAGAAGGGGCGCAAGGUGCGCAAGCUGCGCGGCCCCAAGGAGGCCGGCUUCGAGGCGGGGCCCGAGGCCAGCGACGACGACCUGUGGACACGGCGGCGCAGCGAGCGCAUCUUCCUGCACGACUCGGCCCCGGCAGCCCCCACGCCCACAGCUGCCCCCGCGCCCAAGGCCACGCGCUGUGCCAAGGGUGGCGCGCUGAGCCCGCGCAAGGACGCCGGCCGCGCCAGGGACAGGAAGGACCAGCGCAAGAAGAAGAAGGGGAAGGAGACGGGGUCGGCAGCCGCAUUGCCGCCGCCCCGUGCACCUGCCCUGCCCUCAGAGGCCCGGGCCCCUCACACCAGCUCCCUGGCCUCCACCAAGAGGAGCAAGGCCAAGGCCAAGGGGAAGGAGGUGAAAAAGGAGAACCGUGGGAAGGGGGGCGCCGUGAGCAAGCUGAUGGAGAGCAUGGCUGCUGAGGAGGACUUUGAGCCCAACCAGGACUCCAGCUUCUCCGAAGAUGAACACCUCCCACGCAGUGGGGCUCUGGAGCGGCCAUUGACACCAGCCCCCCGCUCCUGCGUCAUCGACAAGGACGAGCUUAAGGACGGGCUGCGUGUGCUCAUUCCCAUGGACGACAAGCUGCUGUAUGCUGGGCACGUGCAGACUGUGCACUCGCCAGACAUAUACCGCGUGGUGGUGGAGGGCGAGCGUGGGAACCGACCCCACAUCUACUGUCUGGAGCAGCUGCUGCAGGAGGCGAUCAUCGAUGUGAGGCCGACCUCUGCACGCUUCCUGCCCCAGGGGACCAGGAUUGCUGCCUACUGGAGCCAGCAGUACCGUUGCCUCUACCCGGGCACCGUGGUCCGAGGGUUGCUUGACCUUGAGGACGACGGGGACCUCAUCACCGUGGAGUUUGAUGACGGAGAUACUGGGAGGAUCCCCCUGUCCCACAUCCGCCUCCUGCCUCCUGACUACAAGAUCCAGUGUGCCGAGCCGUCCCCGGCCCUCCUGGUGCCAAGCGCCAAGCGCCGCAUCCGGAAAACCAGCAAAGAUACCGGGGAAGGCAAAGAAGGGGGCACAGCGGGGGCCGAGGAGCCCAGCGCCAAAGCCAGAGGCCGCGGCCGGAAGCCCAGCACCAAGGCCAAGGGCGAGAAAACUACUGUCCUGGAGGAGGGGGGCUCCACGGACGAGGUCCCCAGCACCCCCUUGGCUCUGGAGCCCAUCAGCACCCCAAGUUCCAAGAAGAGCCCCCCAGAGCCCAUGGAGAAGCGGCCUAAAGCCUCCAAAGCCCGCUCGUCACCCCCCCAGCCCAGCCCCGUUCCCCCCAGCUUUGCCGGCUGCCCGGCUCCCGAGCCCUUUGGGGAGGUGCCUGCGCCCCCCACGGCUGUGGCCCCAGUGCCCCUCGUGACCAUGCCCCUCACCAUGCCCGCCACCCGCCCCAAGCCCAAGAAGGUGCGGGCAGCCGAGGAGCCGGGCGCCAAGGGCCCUAGGAGGUCUGGUGAGGAGACCGAGCUGCUCGUCAAACUGGACCACGAGGGCGUGACGUCGCCCAAGAGCAAGAAGGCCAAGGAGGCGCUGCUCCUCCGUGAGGACACAGCCACAGGGGGCUGGCAGGAGCCCAAGGGCCUCCCGGGCCUGGGCAGCUUCCCCCCGGCCGCUGGCGGCGGUGAGCCCAAGCCUGGGCGGCCCAAGGCCCUGGAUGGCGAGCUGCCCCCAGAGCCUGGGCCGGGGCUGCAGUUUGAGGACUCGGGGGGCCCCGAGAGCCCGGACAAGGGCCAGGCUGAGCAGGACGGGGCAGAGGAGUCAGAGAGCAGUAGCAGCAGCAGCGGGGACAGCAGUGGCAGCAGCAGCAGCAGCAGCAGCAGCUCGGAGACAGAGGCCGAGGAGGAGGGUGGGAAGAACAGCGAGGAAGGCCGGGGCGGCGGGGGCCGGGCCUGCAGUGCUGCCAGCUCCAGGGCCUCCUCUCCUGCCUCCUCCUCUUCUUCCUCCUCAUCCUCUUCCUCCUCCUCCUCCUCUUCUUCCUCCUCCUCUUCUUCCUCCUCCUCUUCCUCCUCCUCUUCCUCUUCGUCUUCCUCCUCCUCCUCCUCUUCUUCCUCCUCCUCCUCCUCCUCUUCCUCCUCCUCCUCCACCACCGACGAGGACUCCUCCUGCAGCUCGGACGACGAGGCCACUCCGACUCCCGCGGCUGCUCCCUCCGCCCAGCCCACCCUCCCCACCAAGGCCUCUAAGCAGGCAGGCAAGGCAAGGGCUGUGGUCCCCUCCCCUGGCAAGAAGACUCCAGCCCCCCAGCCCCCGCCACCCCCGCCGCCGCAGCCCCCGCAGCCUAAGGCCCAGGCUGGGGCGGGUGGCAAGAGCCGGCCCAAAAAGAGGGAGGGCGUCCACCUCCCCACCACCAAGGAGCUGGCCAAGCGGCAGCGCCUGCCAUCCGUGGAGAACCGGCCCAAGAUUGCCGCCUUCCUGCCGGCCCGGCAGCUCUGGAAGUGGUUCGGCAAACCCACACAGCGGCGUGGCAUGAAGGGCAAAGCGCGCAAGCUCUUCUACAAGGCCAUCGUGCGUGGCAAGGAGAUGAUCCGCAUUGGGGACUGCGCUGUCUUCCUAUCGGCCGGCCGCCCCAACCUGCCCUACAUUGGCCGCAUCCAGAGCAUGUGGGAGUCCUGGGGCAACAACAUGGUGGUCCGUGUCAAGUGGUUCUACCACCCUGAGGAGACCAGCCCGGGCAAGCAGUUCCAUGAGAGCCAGCCCUGGGACCAGAAGUCGGGCCGGAGCCUCCCCGCUGCCCUGCAGGCCUCCAGUCAGAGGAAGGACUUCAUGGAGCGCGCCCUGUACCAGUCCUCUCACGUGGACGAGAAUGACGUGCAGACGGUGUCGCACAAGUGCCUGGUGGUGGGCCUGGAGCAGUACGAGCAGAUGCUCAAGACCAAGAAGUACCAGGACAGCGAGGGCCUCUACUACCUCGCGGGCACCUAUGAGCCCACCACGGGCAUGAUCUUCUCCACCGACGGCGUGCCCGUGCUUUGCUGA